CAGUGACUAAUCUCACUAGCUCCUCAUCCACCUCCGUCGCCGCCUCCGACCACCCACCCCUUUCUUCUCUACCGCCGGAACCAUGCUACUUCUUCCCUGAAGCCACUAGCAAGUCACGUUCUAUUCCAGACAACCGUCCUGCGAGCUCGCUGACGCCACACCCUUCGCACACGCCGCCGUCCGCCUUCGUCUUCCUCCGCUGGCACCAACAUGGAGGGUUUAGGCAACCAUGCUAUGAUGGACUCAACGGAGUUGAAGGUUAGCGAGUUAUUGAAAGAGGUCCACCUUUAUCAUUCCUCUCACUUUUCCAGCAUCGUUGAUAACACUGUCUCCGCCAUAAAGUCAUGCAUCGACGAAAUCCCCGUUGACUUCAAGGUAACUGCAGAUGUAGCACCGAAAUUCGUGAGGGACAUUGGUGCGGAUAAGGUUGACUUCAUGUUUAAGAAGCCAUCACUCAUCGAAAUCGGAGGCAGUUAUUCUAUUCAGAGUCUCGUUAGGCCUGAGCUCAAUGUUGAUCUUAUUAUCAGGUUACCCAAGGGGUGUUUCCACGAGAAAGAUUACUUAAAUUAUAGGUACCAUGCCAAAAGGUGCCUUUAUCUCUGCUUGAUCAAGAAGUACUUGGAGGCUUCUCCAUCUAUUGGUAAGGUUGAAUGGUCUACCUUUCUGAAUGAAGCCCGAAAGCCUCUGCUGCUUGUUUAUCCAGCUGCAAAGGUUGCUGAAGUUCCUGGUGUUUUUGUAAGAAUCAUUCCGUCGGCUACGUCUCUAUUUAGCUUAUCAAAGCUGAACAUGAAGCGUAAUAACAUUCAUAAUUUGAAUCAUGGGACCACACUUCAGGCUACGCCAAAGUACAAUUCUAGCAUUCUGGAAGACAUGUUUCUAGAGGAUACAGCAUUUGUCAACAAAACAUUUCUUGGUUGGAAGGAAAUAAGAGAGGCUUUGAUCCUGCUUAAGGUUUGGGCUCGACAAAGAAGUUCAGUAUAUGUUCAUGAUUGCCUGAAUGGGUUUUUGAUUUCUGUCGUACUGGCAUAUCUUGCUUCUAAGCAACAAAUCAGCAAUUCAAUGAAGGCAAUUGAAAUAGUUCGGAUUACCUUGAACUUCAUUGCAACGUCGGAGUCGUGGAGCCGAGGGCUAUACUUUCCAAAGACAGGCCUGAAUAGUAUUACAAAAGAGGAAAAGAUUCAGCUUAAAGAGUCAUUUCCUGUUAUCAUAUGCCAUCCAUCUGGAGGAUUCAAUUUGGCUUUCCGAAUGUCUAGAAAUGGUUUAAAUCAGCUUCAAGAUGAGGCUGCUUUGACACUUAAGUGCAUGGAAAAGUGUAGAGCUGGCGGAUUUGAGGAAGUUUUUAUGACCAAGAUAGACUAUGCGGUUAAAUACGACUAUUGCAUAAGAUUAAAUUUGAAGGGAAAGAAGGAGGUAUAUGUAUCAGGAUUUUGUUUGGAUGAUGAGUGCUGGAGAUUGUAUGAGGAGAAAGUACAUGGUAUUUUAGCCAAAGCGUUGAAUGACAGAGCAAAGUCGAUCCAAGUUACGUGGAGAAACACACAAUGCCAAUGGAGUGUGAAUGAUGGAUUGUCUGUACUUGAUAAAGAACCGUUGUUCAUAGGAAUUUCAGUGAGUACUUUGGAGAAAGCAUUUAGGAUAGUUGAUAUUGGCCCAAAUGCUGAAAGUAAAGAUGAGGGUCUGGAGUUCCGGAAGUUUUGGGGAGAGAAAGCAGAGCUUAGAAGGUUUAAAGAUGGUAGAAUUGCUGAAAGCACAGUAUGGGAAAGUGAGCAAUGGUCAAGGCAUCUUGUUUUGAAAAGAAUAGUUGAGCAUGUGAUUGGUCGGCAUCUUUCUCUAUCCAUGGAAAAUAUUAUAGGUGCUGUUGAUCAACUGGAUUUCUCUUUGCUUCAUGGUGCUGGAGAUCCUGUAUCAUACUCUGGAAAUUUGCUUGGGGCAUUUGAUCUUUUAUCAAAGCGCUUGCGUCUUAUUGAAGACCUCCCUUUGAAGGUGUCAAGUGUACAACCUUUAGACUCUGCUUUCAGGUUUACAUCAGUCUUCCCUCCUGAACCUCAUCUUCUAGCUAAUGAAAAAUUUGAAUCUCUGAGACUUAAUAAGUAUGUUCCAUCGUGCGUUCAACCUCUGGAAGUCAUGAUUCAGCUGGAGGGUUCUGGAAACUGGCCCAUGGAUGAAAUUGCUAUUGAAAAGACAAAAUCUAGUUUUCUUAUUCAAAUUGGAGAGAGUCUUCAGAAGACAUGGGGGGUGACAUGUACUGCCACUGAGAAUGAUGUAGAUGUUUUGAUGGCUGGUUAUGCAUUUCGUCUUAAAAUUUUGCAUGAAAGGGGACUUAAUCUGUUAAACAAGGAAGCAGGAAAUGAUCAAGCAAAGCGAGUUCAUUCUACUGACAAGAAACUUUUUAUUCAUAGUCAGCAUGCAAGCAUGAUCAAUGGUUUACAAAGUCGUCACCCAAUAUAUGGGACAGUAGUGAGACUUGCAAAACGAUGGGUUUCUUCACAUUUAUUUUCAGCUUGCUUGUUAGAGGAGGCUGUUGAGCUGUUGGUUGCAUAUGUCUUUCUGAAUCCUUUUCCGCUUGGUGUUCCUUGCUCAAGAAUCAAUGGGUUUUUAAGGUUCCUGAGAUUACUCUCACAGUAUGAUUGGACUUAUUCACCAUUGAUUGUUGACAUAAAUAAUGACUUAAGCCCAAGUGAUGAGAAAGAAAUAAAUGUAAGUCGUGAACUUAAAAGGUUAGUUGCAUAUGCCAAAAGCAGUGCAAAUUUGUUGACAAAACUCACUUUUCAGGAGGAGAUUGGUCCAUAUAGAUGGGAGUGCCUUUUUCGAACUCCUUUAAACAAUUAUGAUGCCAUAAUUCUUCUCCACAAGGACAAACUCCCAUAUCCCCAAAGACUUCUCUUUCCAUCUGAAGCUGAUAAUGGAAAACUCAUUGCUAGAGGGCAUGCUAGCAAGUCUUUUCAACCUUUUCUGUUGCCUAAAGAUUUGAAGGGUAAACCAGCAGCACUUAAAAAUAAGUUGCUUAUAGACUUUGAUCCAUCAAGGUUCUUUGUCAGAGAUUUAGAGAAAGAGUUCUCCAACACAUUCAAGGUAUGGCAUGAUUCUCUGGGAGGUGAUGUAAUUGGCCUAACGUGGGUAGAAUCUUACUCUUCAAAGAAGCGGAAGCAAGAGACAGAUGUGAAUCAAGCACACAACCCACCCAAGGUUUUAAAAGCAGUGGGUCAAGUUGGGAAAGGGUUUGUGAGGAGCAUAUGCUUUCUAAAGCCUCCAAAGCUCACAAACUAAUCCUUAUUCCAUUUUUGUUUUCCCUCCAGUUGUCAAUAUGAUUACGAGAUAAUUUUCAAGGUCAUUAGUAUGAUCAAUUAUAAAAUUAUCACUAAUUAUUGUGGAGGAAGUGGUUGAAUAUAGUAUCGGUUAUGUGCAGCACAAGAAUACAAUUUUGGUAGGUAGAAGAGUUGGUGCAGAUUGGUGUGUAUAAUAUUUAUAUUUGUCACUUCAACCACAAGUCCUCCACAGGCUCGGCAGCUCAACAAGUAUGAAGAGCUUAUGUUUUCCAUUAGUGUAAUCUGAUUGGCAUAUUAAUGUAUGCUUUUUGGGAAAUUUUAUUUAUUUAUAUUCUUUUCACGGUCCUUUGAAAAGAAGGCUGGAAAAUGUAAUGCUAUAUCUGAACAUUAGCGCAACCGUUAUUUAGAUUCAAUACAGAAGUCCUAAUAUUACCCAAUU